AAAUGGCUGACUGAAAUUUUGAAGAAGUGAACACUUGUAAUAAAUAUGUAACAGAAAUAAAAGUUUUGCUAUUUUAAUCUGAUUUUAAGAAAAUGCAAAGUUUAAUGUUUCAAGUUGAUGGACAUGGUUAUGGUGUACCUAAACAAUACCAUUCAGUUCAUGAUUUUGGUAAAGAUCAUAUAAGAGAAAAUGUAAGACGUAUGAGACAAAUUCAGAGACAAAGUAGAGAAAAAGAGAGAACCAGUCAACAGCCAGUGAAAGGAUUAUGGAAAUCCAGUAAAUUUGAAAAUGUGCCAUCUAAAGUAGCUUCUGAAUUGAAGAAAGAACCCCCUGCACCCAGACCACACUCAGCAAAUUAUCUAAGAGCUCAUUCAAGAUCAGGUCCAUUAGUGAAAGUAUAUAGUAGACCAUGUACCCCUGAAGUAUCAGAUGAUCAAAUAUCAGUUCCUUUAGCUAAUAGUAAGGCAAAUUUGAUCCGAAAUGAUGUAGAUUUUAUCAAGGUCAAUGGUGUAUCAGUUAAACAUGGAACUAUGUUCAAAAGUCCAUCAUUAACAGCUCUAGAUGAAUUAAAAGAUAAACAAGACAAAGAGAUGCAGAACUAUCAUAAGGGAGAGGUACCAAAGUAUUUAAGAUCCAGACAAGCCCAAUGGAAGAGGGAAGAAGAAGAAAUUAGGGCUAAUACACCAGAUCCCAGCAUGCCACCAGGUCAUAGAGCUCUUAGUGAUAAAGAGAGAAGAGAAACAUUGAAUUUACUCUAUAAAAAGCAACAAGAACUACAAAACCAAGCAUCCAAGUUACCACUACGUACUGACACAGUCCGAAUUCGAACAGUUAAAAAUGACCUUGAAACGAAGCUUUGUGAGGUUGAGGAGGCCAUCAAGAUAUUCUCCAGACCUAAAGUUUUUGUCAAGAUAAACCAAUGAAGAAUUCUAAUAACUUUGAAUGUAGAUAUUAUUAUCUAGUGUGACCAUUGUGAUAUUUUAGAGACUGUCCUAUCUAUUUUAUCCUCUCUAGUAUAAUCAAGGAUUUAAAAGAUUAAUGAAUUUGGCUUAUUGUAAGUCUGAGAUGGUUAUCUGGACUGUGAUGGUAUUCAAUUGACCUAUUUAUACAAAUUUCAUACAUGACCUUUAUCAUGUGAAGAAUGAAGAAGAAACUUUUAGAGAUGAUGUAUAUCUGUUAUAAAACAGGAAAGAGUUUAUCAGAUUCAGUAAUAGCCAUUUGAGAGUAUGAAGAAGCCAUGUUUCAGACUAAAAUGAAAAAUAUAUGCACAGUAAUUUAUUCAGAAUAAAUCAAGAAAAAAAGAAACAGACUUUUUUGACCUUGACUCAUUUAUAGCCUCAGUAUUUGCAAAAUGUGACUUUGUUAUUCAACUAACAUUUUAAAGACUUUCCGUCCAUUUUAAUUCCAUUACCAUGAUUGGCAAGAUAUGACCAAAAAUUCCUUAGUUUUAAUAUAUUAUACUUAUUAUUUCAAUGAUUUUGUAUAAUAAUCAACUUAUUUAUUUAUAAAGAUAUUUUACUUAG